AUGUCGUUGCCGGUCGCCAAAGACCCAAUGGCCCGAAGGAGGAGCAGCGCAACUUCAACAUGCUCUUCGUCAUCAUAUACCGACACGAGUUCGGAUGACGAAGGAGUCUCGCCCCGGGAGAAAGUUCAAAAGUCUUCGAAAGGCUUUACCGAUUUCUGCGUCAAGAACAUCGGCCAGGCCAGCUUCGGACGUCGGGAGAUCGAGAUUGCCGAACAAGAGAUGCCCGGAAUCAUCGCACUGCGUAAGCGUGCCGAAGCGGAUAAACCCCUAGAGAGAGCGAAAAUCGUCGGUUGUACUCACAUCAACGCCCAGACUGCGGUGUUAAUCGAAACGCUCGUAGCCCUGGGAGCAAGCGUUCGUUGGGCUCCUUGCAACAUUUAUUCUACGCAGAAUGAGGUGGCGGCCGCCUUGGCGGAGGUCGGCAUCCCAGUGUUCGCGUGGAAAGGCGAAACCGAGGACGAUUUCUGGUGGUGCAUCGAUCGCUGCGUCCAAGCCGACGGUUGGCAGCCCAACAUGAUACUCGACGAUGGAGGAGACGCGACCCAUCUGAUGUUGAAGAAGUAUCCAGCUACCUUCAACCUGAUCAAAGGAAUCGUAGAAGAGAGCGUGACCGGCGUUCACCGCCUCUAUCAACUGGCGAAGGCUGGAAAGUUGAGCGUGCCAGCCAUGAACGUGAAUGAUUCGGUUACGAAGACCAAGUUCGACAAUCUGUAUUCGUGUAGAGAGUCCAUUCUCGACGCUUUGAAACGCUCGACCGACGUUAUGUUCGGCGGUAAACAAGCUCUUGUGUGCGGCUACGGUGAAGUCGGCAAAGGUUGCUGUUCCGCCCUCAAGGGAAUGGGCUCCGUCGUCUACGUUACUGAAAUCGACCCCAUUUGCGCACUGCAAGCCUGCAUGGAUGGCUUCCGUGUUGUGAAGAUGAACGAGGUGAUCCGCAACGUCGACAUCCUCGUUACAGCAACCGGAAAUAAGAAUGUGGUCACUCGCGAGCAUAUGGACAAAUUGAAGAAUGGAUGUAUCGUGUGUAACAUGGGUCAUUCGAACACGGAAAUAGACGUUCAAAGUCUUCGAAGUCCCGAGCUCAACUGGGAGAAAGUUCGGUCGCAAGUGGAUCACGUCAUCUGGCCCGAUGGAAAACGUAUCGUUCUGCUCGCCGAGGGCCGCCUGGUCAACCUGUCCUGUUCGUCGAUACCGUCGUUCGUGGUGUCCAUCACCGCGGCUACCCAGGCGCUAGCCCUUAUCGAGCUGUUCAAUGCAUCGCCCGGACGCUACAAGUCCGACGUUUACUUGCUACCGAAAAAGAUGGACGAAUACGUCGCUUCUCUGCAUCUCCCAACGUUCGACGCCCACCUCACCGAGCUUACGGACGAGCAGGCCAAGUACAUGGGGCUCAACAAAGCUGGACCCUUUAAGCCGAACUACUAUAGAUAUUAG